AUGUAUACCCAAUCACCUUUUACACCUGCUCAGAUUGAAGAGAAGCUUCAACAGGCUAUAGUUGCACUUCAAUUAAAAGAAUUUAAAUCAAUUAGAAAGGCUGCAGAGCAUUUUGAAGUCCCUAAGUCCACUCUAGCCGAUAGGCUGGCUGGGAAGAAAACACGUUCCCAAACCCACGAAAUGGCUCAAAUUCUUUCAAACGCAGAAGAAAAUACUCUUGUACGAUGGAUUUUACGACUCACGAUCACUGGAUUCCCUGCUACACCUAUGUUGGUGAAGGAAAUGGCCGAUGAAAUUCGUCUUCGACACACUUGGUUUGAUGCGUUUCGUAUAUAUCUUAUUGAACGAAAGUAUGAAUUAGAUGAUAUAUAUAAUAUGGACGAAACCGGAUUUGGAGUUGGAAGUAUUCAAAUUACAUGUAUUAUAAUCGAUUCUACUCAGAAAUCGAAUUGGAAAGUUACAGCUGGCAAGCAAGAAUGGAUAACUGCAUUUGAAUAUGUCAAUGCAGCUGGAAAGGCUCUAUCACCUAUAAUCAUUUUCAAGGCUCAGAAUACGAAUUCUGCAUGGAUUCCAAAGGAUACAUCUCAAAGCUGGCAGUUCUCUACUAGUACGAAUGGAUGGACCUCAAAUAAUCAUGGAUUAGAAUGGCUAAAAAGGGUUUUCGAACCAGAAUCCAAGAAAGUGUUAGGUGACCGACCUCGACUUUUGAUCAUGGAUGGCUAUUCAAGUCAUAUUACAGGCAGCUUUAUUGCUUUCUGUAUAGAGAAGGAUAUUGAUUUACUUAUAUUACCUUCUCAUUGCUCCCACUUGCUUCAGCCACUUGAUAUUGCGGUGUAUGGGCCAAUGAAACGAUAUCAUGCUUUGGGGGUCGAUCGAUAUUCUCGAAUCUUUAAUACAGCUCUAGCAAGCAGUGGUUCUCCUGCAUCACCAACUCGUCGAUAUGCUAAGAGAAUGACUAGGCUUGUAGAAUCUCAAAAUGCUGAGAUAGCCUUACUUCGGAAACAGCUCGCUGAUGCUCAGGAAGUAAUUGAGACUCGAAAAAAGAGAACUAAAGGCAAAAGAGUCAAAUUACAAGGUCAAUUUGUCUUUAGUACUAAGGAAAUACUGAAAAUAGUACAUGAGGCGGAGGAAAAACCUAAGGAGAAAAAGCCACGAGGACGACCACGCAAGCGCCCAAUUGAAGAAUCAGAAGAAGAGAUUGAAGAAGAAGAGCUAGAGAAUAGUUCAAAUGAUUCAGAAUUGGAAUUGGAGGAUUGUGUGGCUUGUAGAACAAGAUCGCGUGUAGAAUAA